UCUGUGAUAAAUAAAGUGAAAGUUGAAUACAUUUUUAGUGAGCAUAAAGUGAUUCUAAGAAAUUAUUCUUUCGAAUAUGUAAUGAAGUGAGAGAGAUGCGGUUAGUUUGUCGCGUUAAUAAAUGAAUAAAAAGAUAAUUUUUUUAAUAGUUUCUCUAUAUACUUUUUAAGUUGAGUUUAUUUAAAAAUUAAAAGAUAUUUUAAAAAAAUCCUUGUCGAUUUAAUCUGAAGAAAAUUUCAAAUAACUUUUAGCUUAAAUCUAAGCAAAUAAGUGAAACAACGAGCCAAAAAAAAAGAGAAAAAAGUUAGAAUGUUUGUGCAAGUGACCUAAACGAAUUUUUAAUAAAGUUUUUAAAUAUAUUGAAAAAGAAAGGUGACGUUUGCAAUAGCGGUGACAGAGGUGAAACGACACAAAAUACUGCCGGCGCCGUAUAUUACGAGCAGUAACAAUGAAAGUACAUUUUUUUGUUGUUGUGGGGGAACAUUAAAGUAUCAAACAAUAACAAUGAGACGCUUUUGAAGAGCUGUGUGGCACAUAUAUAAAAAUUAUAAGUUUAUCGUUGAAACGGAAUUUUGAUUAUUCAACGUCAAGUAACGACAAACGUUGUCGCCAAAAUGCGUGUUGUGGCUAUGGUUAGUGGUGGCAAGGAUAGCUGCUACAAUAUGAUGCAAUGUGUAGCCGAAGGUCAUGAAAUUGUAGCUUUAGCCAAUUUACACCCAAAAGACAGAGAUGAACUUGACAGUUUUAUGUAUCAAACAGUUGGCCAUAUGGGGAUCGAAAUUUUAGCCGAAGCUAUGAAUUUACCCCUAUAUCGUCGCGAAACGAAAGGACAAAGUACACAGCGUGGUAAACAUUAUGUGCCUACCGAUAACGAUGAAGUUGAAGAUCUUUACGAUCUAUUAAAUUUGUGUAAGAAAGAAUUACACAUUGAGGCGGUGGCGGUAGGUGCUAUAUUGUCCGAUUAUCAGCGUGUAAGAGUGGAAAAUGUAUGCAAUCGCUUGUCGUUGAUGUCAUUGGCCUAUCUAUGGAGGAGAGAUCAGACUGAAUUGCUUCAGGAAAUGAUCGAUUGUCAAGUGCAUGCGAUUUUAAUAAAAGUGGCCAGUCUAGGUUUAGUUCCUGAUCGUCAUUUAGGUAAAUCCCUACACGAAAUUCAACCGCAUUUAUUAAAAAUGCGUGAUAAAUACGGUUUAAAUGUAUGCGGGGAAGGUGGAGAAUAUGAGACUUUUACUUUGGAUUGUCCACUAUUUAAGCAACGUAUUGUUAUUGACGAUAUACAAACUGUGAUUAGUUCGGCCGAUCCGAUAUGCCCGGUGGGUUAUAUAAAUUUCACUAAACUCUCCUUACAACCCAAAGACAUGCAACAGAGCUGUGAUGUAAUUGUGAAAAAGUCGCUUGACUAUAUAAGUGACCUCAAUGAAUCCACCUAUAGUGACCUCAGCGAUCCGGAUCUUAGUGAAACCGAAUUGGAAUUGAUUGAGAAAGAAACACGUUUACGCGAAUCGUUGAGUCAAAAUGAAUUGAUAUCGCGUAGCAAUUCGUUUGGACGACAUCUGGCCACCUCAACCUCGCCUAUACCGAUUGUCACGAAGAGCGCAAGUGUCGACGAACAUACACCGUUAAAUUUGCUCUCCUCGUCGGCUGCUCUGUGUGCUGCCUCUCUCCAUGCCGGCACCUUUGGCUCACCACGUCUAUUGGGCAGUAGCACAGCAGCAGUUUGUGGUAGUCUAUCGUUAGCCGUUUCAUCGAUAGGCUUAUCAGCAAUUGGUACUACGCUUGGGAAAGAUGGUGGGAUGUCGUCCGCAACUGUCGGUGGUGGAAACGGUGGAGGAACUUUGAUUUUUACUCAACCUCCUAGCCCUUUAAAAUAUGAAAGAGAAUUCCAUCCACUCAAUAAUCGGGCUAUGGUGGCCAUUAACUGUAAAGGUUGGAUUUGGGUGGCAGGUAUACAAGGUUGUGCCUCAACCCUUGAAGAAGGUUUUACAAAAGCUUUAGACUCCCUACGCACUUUGGCAAUAGAACAUAAUUAUGAAAUGACUGACUAUUGUUAUGUAACACUGUAUGUACGUUCAAUAUCGGAAUAUCCAGUUCUAAACCGUAUCUACGGUCAAGCGUUAAAUUUUCAAAAUCCUCCGACACGCGUUUGCGUUGAAUGUCCAUUACCAGAUGAAUGCCACGUUAUUAUCGAAGCUAUAGCUUAUAAAAAGCCACAACGCGGACGCAGAUCUACAAUCUCUGUAAAUGAUACCGACGUAUCAAAUGAAAAUCAACAAGCACAAAAUACUUCCAUCAAUAAUGGGGAAUUACCUAACAAACGUAACACUAUGCACGUACAGAGCAUAUCACAUUGGGCUCCCGCCAACAUAGGGCCCUAUAGUCAAUCGACAAAAAUCAAUGAAAUCACAUAUAUAUCUGGACAAAUAGCUCUUGUACCUGGCAGCAUGACAAUAAUUGAUGGCGGCAUACGACCACAAUGUAAGCUCACCUUACGUCAUAUAUCGCGCAUAGCCAAAGCGAUGAAUGCUCAAGGUCAGCUACGCGAUGUGGUGCAUGGCAUUUGUUUUAUUACACAUCCGGCUUUUAUCGGCGAAGCGCGACGUCAAUGGGAACGUCGCACUACCAAUGCCAUUAUGGAUUAUAUAGUGGUGCCGGCUUUGCCACGUGAAGCAUUAGUAGAAUGGCAAGUGUGGGCACACACUCACAAUGAUCGCUUUGAAUACGAAGAGACUGGUUGCUCUAUAAGCGAUUAUACAAUAUCGAUACGACGCCGUUGGAAUUACGAGAAUAACUGCGCUGCCAUUAUAUGUUAUGUGUCAACAGGUUUGGCUUCCUCAACUACGCAAUUAACUCAACUUAGUGAGGAUAUAUUAAAUAAUCAUCGCCAUUUAGCUCAAAAUCUUAAAGCCGAUCAUUUAGAGGAAAUACUCACUUAUGUAGUAAAUCGCUUACUUAAAGAUUAUCCUUUGCUGAAAAAAAGUAAUGAAAAUCUUUGCACUAGCAAUGACGGCAUCAGUACAACAGAAAAUAAUGUAAAUGCGAUUCAUAAUUGUACCAGUAAUAGUGCUAAUGUCGAUAUUAUAUUACCGCCAGCAAUACACCUAAAAGUGUUCUAUCAAGUAAAUGCGGCACCGUCGGUCGAUUUAUUGCUAAUGGCAUUGAACGAAUUUCGUGAGAAAUGCGAACAGACGGCGAAUAUCGUGUUCACUGUAUUGCCCGCUUGCAGCUUACAUAAUUUCAGUACAUUUCUCUCGAUAUGCGGUGUAAGGCAUGAGUAAAAUGAAACUAAGAAACAGAUAUACACAUGCACAUCUUCUUUUUUAACUAAAAAAAUUAUGAAACAGAAAUCUUAUAAAAUAAAACGCUUCGGACCAAAAACCAUAAGAAAUAAAAACCUAUUUGCAAGCGCUUUUUUCGCGAAUUUAUUAUAAACAAAAACA